AUCCCUUUCGCGACCUCAUUCGCUGUCUUCCCCUUGCUCAGACUUCUCCGCUCCCCCAAGCAAAUUUGGAGUCUUCCCUUUCUUCUUAGUUUCUUGGGCAGCCGAUGGAGAGGAUAUACGUGGCGGUAAGGGCGAGGCCGCUCUCCCCGGAGGAGUCUAAGAGCAACCCCUGGAGGAUCUCCGGCAACUCUCUCUACCUCCCCAGCCAGUCCACCAAGUUCGAAUUCGACAGGAUCUUCGGGGAAGACUGCAAGACGGUCGACGUCUACGAGGCUCGCACUAAAGAGAUCGUUGCAUCUGCCGUUAGCGGGUUUAACGGUACAGUUUUCGCAUAUGGACAAACUAAUAGUGGUAAGACGCAUACUAUGCGGGGUUCAGUUGCUGAACCGGGAAUUAUUCCUCUUGCUGUGCAUGAUUUAUUCCUGAGUAUCCAAGAGGAUAUAGAUAGAGAAUUCCUUGUUCGCAUGUCUUACAUGGAAAUAUAUAAUGAGGAAAUCAAUGAUUUGUUGGCUCCGGAGCAUCGCAAAUUGCAAAUUCAUGAGAACCUUGAGAGAGGUAUAUAUGUUGCUGGAUUGAGAGAAGAAAUCGUUACCUGUGCUGAACAGGUCCUUGAUUUGAUGGAGUUUGGAGAAUCUCAUCGCCAUAUUGGAGAGACAAACAUGAAUCUUCACAGCAGUAGGUCGCAUACUAUAUUUCGCAUGAUUGUUGAGAGUAGGGAAAGAAUUGAAGAUGGGAACAUGGUUGAUUCAUGUGAUGCAGUUCGUGUAUCAGUUCUUAAUUUAGUGGACUUAGCUGGCUCGGAACGUGCAGCCAAGACAGGUGCAGAAGGUAUGCGCCUGAAAGAGGGUUCUCAUAUUAACAAAAGUCUAAUGACACUUGGUACUGUUAUAAAAAAACUAAGUGAAGGUGCAGAGGGCCAAGGGAUUCAUGUUCCAUAUCGGGACAGUAAGCUCACUCGAAUCUUACAACCUGCACUUGGAGGUAAUGCAAAUACUGCAAUUAUCUGCAACAUCACACUGGCACAGGUUCAUGCAGAUGAGACAAAAAGCAGUCUUCAGUUUUCAAGCCGAGCAUUGCGUGUCACCAAUUGUGCAUGCGUAAAUGAGAUCUUAACGGAUGCUGCCUUGUUAAGACGUCAAAGGAAAGAAAUCGAAGAACUUCGGUCAAAACUCCUGAGCUCUCACUCGGAGCAUUGGGAGGAAGAAAUCCUGAACCUGCGAAACACGCUGUUACAGAGUGAGCUUGAGAAGGAGAGAAUACAAUUAGAGCUAGAAGAGGAAAAGAAAGCUAAAGCUCAUCGUGAGAAGAGAUUGAUAGAGCAAGCACAGAAAAUUGCUAACCUUAGCUCAUUGGUAUUAUGUUCUGAAAGGGAAGAUAAGAGUACAUAUCUCUGUAAGAAUAAAAGAAGGGUGACAUGGUGCCCAGUACCUUCUUCUCGUAAAUGUGUGGAUGAGGUAAACCUUGAACUUGAUCCCACUAGUGUAGCUCUAAGAUCGUGUUUAUCAAGUCAAAGUCUUGUGGUAUAUGCUGAUAAGGUACAUGUUCCAGAUUCAGCAGCUGGUGAGCACACCAGGCAUGAUUCUGAUAUUGGUUUACCAAUUCCUUUUGAAGAAUUAAUGCAAGAAAUUGAAACUUCUGUGGGUAACAUGAAUCGUGAUGCCUUCAUGCCUGAUAAUAUGGAGAACGGUUGUGAUGUCAAGGACUUAACUUUUCCUGAUGCACAUGCCUUGUUGCAUGUUACAGAUAGGAGAAAAAUCCAUUCCAAAACCACUGGCUCUUUUCGGUCAGGCAGUGAAUCAGCAGAAGACAAUAGCUUUUAUGAAGAUCAGAUCAUAGAAUAUUAUCCUAAGAAUGUUCUGGAGAUUGAAUCUGGAAGCAUACAUAAUAAGUUCUCUGAUAACACUCCUAGGUGUGCAAGCACUAUCUCAUCUAAUGGUGAAAUAAAUGGUAGGUCUUGUGGGCGUAAAAGCUUGACCGAGAGGGAGUCAGAGGCAAUUAUUGUCAUCAAACAACUCGAGGAUCAGAUAAAAGCACUAGAAAUUGAGAAGGCUACAGUUCAGAGGAACUUGGAUGAUGUUCUUGAUAUGGCAACUGAACAGAAUGCUUCUUUCAAGGAGAAGUAUGAAAAGUUACAUCAAGAGGUUUUACUUGCACGUGAGGAGGCUAGAGUAUCUCAUGAACGACUUUAUCCAGCGGAAGUUAAGUUUGACUUAUCUGUUAGGAUGUCAAUGGAAGUCCAAGACUUAACUGUACAAGUCGAACAUUCCAAGAACUUUGUGGACAAUACUGUGUCUAUAAUUAAAGAUAUAUUCAACAACUAUUCCGUCUUAGCAGAUAUAUUUCUGGAACUCAAGUCAUUUGCUCAGGAAGAUAUUUCUCAGCUCAAAUCUAUAAUCACUGGGCUUAGUCAAAUGGAAAGAUGUAUUGUGAAGAGAAGUUAUGAACUUGAGCAAGAAAAUAAUAUUCUCCGCAAGCAAUCUGUUGAUUAUCAGAGUCAAGUUCAGCAGCUUAUGGCUGAAGUGGGUAAUCGGGAGAAAGCUAUAAAUGAGCUUGGUCUUCAACAUGAUCUGGAGAAGGAUGAACUCCUGUCUCAAGUCCUUAGUCUUAAAAAAGAAGUAUCAUGCUUGUCAUCCUCUUCCUUAAUCAGAGAAAAGGAAACCAUGAGAAAGGAACUUGAUAAAUUGAAGGCAAAGUUGAAAGAUACAGAUUCCAAGCUUAAGAAUGCUGUUCAGGACAAGAUAAAACUUGAGAGUGAAAAAGCACAGGCUGAGCGGGAGAUAAAACGCUUGCAAAGUCAAAAUGUUGUUCUUGAACGUGAUAUGUGGAAGCGUGAUUCACUCACUGUUAGGAGGCAUGAACCCAAAUUAGGUGAUUUUAGCCGACAAAAGAGUGUCAAUGUGGUUGAGCAAACUCUUCAGGAAGACUACCAAAAGCUUGAGCUCUGUGCUUUUGAUAUGGAAGCUGAGAUCUCUUCUCUGAAGGAGGCUUUGAUAAGUGCAUUUGGUGAAAAAGAAGAAGCGCUUGCCAGGAAUGAAUUUUUAAAUUCAGAAGUAGAGGCUCUUUCUGACAAAUUGCUUACUGCAGAUUCUGAGAUAAAGUCACUGAAGGAGGAGGUUGCAGCCAUGGCAGAGAGAUUGGUUGAGUCUGAAUCAUUUUCUAAAGAAUUGGAAUCCUCCAUCAAUUCUCUUUCAAGAGAAAAAGAAGAGAUGGGAUUGCAAUUUACUGAUGCCCUUCUUGAGAUGGAGGCAGAAAAAUCAUUAUGGUCAGUUAACGAGAAAGCUUUAUUUGAGGCCAAUGCAAAAAUGAAAAUACAGAAUGAUGAGAUACUUAAGUUAUCCGAAGAUUUGCUAGAGACAAAGCGUGACAUGGAUUCAUAUAGAGAACAAUGUAAGGAACUAAGGGAGAGGUUGAUUUUUCUUGAGGAAAAUGCACAAGAAGAGAAAGAAUGCAGCAUGGCAAAAUCUUUGGAAAUCACUCAACUAAGGAAUGAGCUUAAGCAAAACAUGGCUGACAUUGUUGAAUGGAAUGAUGUGAAGUCAAGCUUUGAGGCACUAUCAUCAGAAUGCCAACAUACUUCUGAAAUAUUGCCAAAAUUGCGGGAGUAUUUGAUCUUCCUUUCUAGAGAAGGGAAUGAUCCAUCUUCUCAGGUCAUGAACGGUGAUCAAGUAUUGAAUCUUAAAGAUCAGCUCCUCAUAGUGACAAAAGAAAGAGAUGAUUUGCUUUCUAAAAAUGGAGAGCUAAAGACAGCUUUAUUUGAAUCAGAGAUAUUGAAGGCCAAAACUGAUUCAGAUGAGUUGGCUAAAAGGAUCUCCAAUAUGGAAGUCAAGAUGCAUAGUGAUAAUUUAAGCUUCAACAAGGAGAGAACAAAGCUCAGGAUGCAGCUUCGCUCAUUGCAGGCGACAUUAGAUGCUUACCGUGGUCGAUACACAGAGGUGGUGGACGAGAUGACUCUCAUGAACAAAAAAUACGAAGAAGCAUCAACCAAACUAAAGAAGCAACUUGCUCAAUAUGGAGUUGAAAUACUUAGCUUGAAGAAGCAGCUUGCCUCAAAAGAAUGAGCUCGGUCAGACUUGAAGUAGCACAGGGUUCCUAUUUGAUUCAAAUGUAGAGACAUUUGCAUGGUGAAUGCAACAGUUUAUUCACUUUGUACCUGAUCAGCUAUCUAGAUUCAGAAGAAUCAUAUUUAGGAGGAUCCUGCAUGUAGA